CCGAUUUAUCUCAUGGGCACUCAACUAAACAAGCCUCGGGAGAAACGGGAGGGGAAAAAUAAGCUAUGACGAGACGCGCAGCUCCUCAUCGGCGUAACGACUGAACUACUCCGCGCUCAUCCCUCCGAUUUAUUUUACGAUAUUCUAGUUUAUGGCUAGCUGGUCUACAAGGGUGAGGAGACCUACAACAAUCAAGCAGCAGCCUGAAGCUCAGUCAAGGGCCAAGUGGACAUCAUCUCUCACUAAAGUGCUUGCAGACUUGAUGGUUGACCAGGUUACUACUGGAAAUAAGCAAAACAAUUCAUUUGGGAAGAAAGCAUGGGAGUGUAUCUGCAAGGAGUUUCAAAAGAGUACGGGUCUUAAUUGGGACAAAGAACAAUUGAAAAAUCGAUAUACUGUCCUAAAGAAACAGUUUGUCAUGACAAAGUCCCUCCUUGAUGACCCUGAUUUCGUAUGGGAUGAGUUUACAGGUGCCAUUGUGGCUACAAAUGAAGCUUGGGACAACUACAUUGCGGAACAUCCGGAUGCUGAAACUCUUAGAAGUACAGGCUGCUCGCUGUACAAGCAGUUGUGCACAAUAUUUUUAGAAAAUGGUACAAACAACAAUUAUAUAGAGGAAGGACUAGAAUCAAUAUACUCUACUCCACAUCAUUUGAGUACGUUACAGGUAAAGGCUUCGACAUCAGAAUCAGAGGAGAUCACUGAAAUGGCUGAUGACAGAGACAAGCUUCAACCAAAUACUGCCUCUAGAAAUGGUACACGCAAGCGAGGGCGCAAAGGAAUAGAUGAUGUGCUUGCAAAUGCAAUAAUGGAGAUGGCUGCUGCCUCAAAGCUGAGGGCACAUGCUGUCAAGCAACAUAAUGAAAGAUACUCUAUUACUGAUUGCAUAAAAGCACUGGACGAGAUUGAAGGAAUUGAUGAUCCAAUUUACUAUGCUUCUGUGGAUCUCUUUGAUAAUCGGGAUGCAAGGGAGACAUUUUUAUCACUAAAAGUUGACAAACGUCUGACUUGGUUGCUUGGCAAGUGUUCCUUUCUAUCUGCUUGUUUAUAGGCUGAUAAAUGAAGGCUGAAGCUAUUCGAGUCUAAUAACUAAUCAAGAAUCAAUCAGUUUAGACUUUUAGUACAUUGUACAUUUCUAGCUUUACCCGAGACAUGUAUUUUAAUUCAGUUAUGUGGUAGGAUUGUGAUUUUGGCUAUCUCAGUCUCUGUAGAGUAGCAUAACAUUAAUGAUUGCUGUUGACAUGUUUUAUAAGAACACAAGGAUGAUGAAUAUAUUUAUAGUUCCUUCGUCUCCAAAGAUUUGGAGAGCCAA